GUAUUAGAGUUGGCAACUCUAGAGUCUAGACUCUACCGCCAUCAACCGCCAUCUUUCUUUGGUAUGUGUUCCGCUUCCGUUGACAGUUCUUUUAGCUAAAAUCUCCGAAAAUGAAAGCCAAAGGCGAGUUGAGGGAAUAUGAAGUCAUUGGCCGUAAGUUGCCAUCAGACAGUGAGCCUAAGCCGCCACUAUAUAAAAUGAGAAUCUUCUCACCAGACCAAAUUGUGGCUAAGUCUCGCUUUUGGUACUUCUUGAGACAGUUGAAGAAGUUCAAAAAGACAACUGGUGAAAUCGUCUCAAUAAGGGAAAUCCCCGAGAAGAGCCCCAUCAAGAUCAAGAACUUCGGCAUCUGGCUGCGCUACGAGUCACGUUCGGGCGUGCACAACAUGUACCGCGAGUACCGCGACCUGUCCGUGGGCGGUGCGGUCACACAGUGCUACCGCGAUAUGGGCGCCAGGCAUAGAGCCCGCGCUCACUCUAUCCAUAUCAUCAAAGUGGAGGUGAUCAAAGCAGCGGCCUGCCGCAGACCGCAAGUGAAGCAGUUCCACAACAGCCACAUCAAGUUCCCGCUGCCCAAGAGAGUGCACCACCACAAGCGACUCAACACCUUCGCGUACAAGAGACCCAGCACAUACUUCUUGUAAUUUAAUUAAUAAAACCCACGUGAAGUGAAA